UAAAGCAACACACAAUGAUAAACUGCAUGAUAAGUUUAUUGUUGAUGUUUUGAGUUAUCAAUAAAAAAUGAAACUGAAUGUUAGUAAUUUUGUGUAUGUGUGUGUGUAUGCGUUAAGUAUACACCAGAGGAUCACAUGACUUACUGUUAGUUUCCCUUCUCUAACUUUCAACAAUUUAUGGCUACUUCUAAACUCUCCAGUAGAUAUCGUACAUUCAGCCCCACCUUUCUUCAAGGCAGAUCUUCUCUUCGUAGUAGAGUGCCAGUUCCUACACUACUGGGACCAAAUAUGAAGAACAAGAAAGAGUUAUUACUAAGAUUCAUUAUCACAUUGCUGUCUGUUGGCUCUUUGGCUUCUUUUUGUAUUGUCAUUGUGUUGAAUAAUAUGAUAGAAAAUGCUAGUGGAGGGAUUUAUGGACUUGCAAAUUCAUUAUCAUCGUGUAAUGACACUAAUGGCACUUCAUCGCUACCAAUAGAAUUGUAUCAUAAAACCAUUCACAUCUCUCUUAUGGUAUUCUGUAGUAUUUUCAUGCUACUUGUGAUAUUAGCAAUCAUAUAUCAAAUGAUUGUCAUCAUAUUACAAUCGUGUCAAAUAAAUUUUAAGUAUCUAUAUUCUACGGACAUCUGUAUUAGUGUUUUUUUAAUGAGUGCUUUCAUUUUCGGGAGCAUUGUGUCAUUCUUUGCUGCAUCAUGGCUGUGGGGGAUACUAGUGGAAGGAAAUGGCACAGAUGCCUCUAAUAAGUCAAAUAUGAUUGGAUUGAUCAUUACCAUAUUCAUUGCAUUUUGCUUAUUCAUUGCCAUGUACAACUGUUAUUUCGUUACUUGCAUUCUAACGGUCUCAAAAGUAUCAAAGGAUCGCUUCAAAAAACAACUGCUUGAAGAGCAGCUACAAACUUUUAUUAACAAUUGAAAUUAAAACAUAAUAAAAUUAUAAAUUUAACAUUAAAUUUCUUAAUCUCA